AUGGAACGUGAGCGGGACGGCGACAUCGACACUGCUUGUGUUUCUGGACGCGUCGUGGAAGACAAAAAAAUUCACCGAGUUAUUUCUGAACUGAAAAGGCUGAAAGUGGCGGCGGCAGGCCUGCAGGAAACCCACUGGUUUGGACAAAAUAUCUACGCUGUCAACGGAUUUACUGUGAUCUGUUCGGGCCGCCCCACUCCUGGCGAAGAGGAUAAUCGACGUCGAGGUGAGGGAGUUGCUCUUGUUUUGAAUCGUGAUACAACUUCGGCGUGGAGGGCUGGCGGCUGCGUAUGGAACGCGGUGAGUUCUCGGAUUGUGAGUGCACGUUUGAAGUACUGUGCAGCUGAUGGACCGGAUGUUUGGCUCACUCUGGUCAGCGUUUAUGCUCCAACAUUUGCUGCGUCGCGGGCAUGCAAGGAACUAUUUUAUGACGAUCUACAACGCACUCUGUACGAUGUACCCCAGACUGACCAUUGUGUAGUGCUUGGCGAUUUCAAUGCUCGAGUUGGAUCUAGUGAGCAGGGUGAUGAGUGGUCCACUGUACGUGGUUCGCAUGGAUUUGGUGCACUGAACUCUUCAGGAGCUGACCUGCUAUCAUUUGCUGCAUUCAAUCAGUUGAGUAUUUGUAACACCUGGUUCCCCAAGCGAGACCUCUUCAAGCGGACUUGGCAGCACCCAGGCACUUUGAACUGGCACUGUAUCGACUACAUUCUAGUGCGCCAGGAGGACCGCCGUUGGUGUAUGGACACUGCGGUCGCGCGCAGUGCUGAGUGUGGAAGUGACCACCAACUCCUCUGUUUAACUUUUGCACUCCCGUGUGGACGAUUAGUUCGGGAGCGCGACCAGGCAAAUGUGCGGCGCCGCCGUUAUGAUGUUGCCCAGCUGCGGGUGCGCACCUCGGACCCGGACUCACCUUCGCCUGCUGAAAGGUACCAAGCUACCAUUGCAACCGAGCUUGUAGAUACAUGGCAAGAACAGCACGACAUAGAUCAGAAAUGGUCCAACGUCAAGGCGGCUAUCGACAAGUCUGCUGCGUCUGUCUUGGGCUUCUCCCGGCGUCGCCAACCAGACUGGUUUCGGGAGGCAGAGUCAGCCAUCCAGCCAUUGCUAGAUGAACGGAAUCGGUGCUAUACCGACUGGCUAUGUAGUGGCCAGAGCCGCGACUGCUCGCACUACACAGCGUUUAAGGUGGCUAGAUCCAGGGCGCGUGCUUCCAUAUCCUCGGCUAGGGUAGACUGGAUAAAGGCACAGGCGGCCACAGAGUCGAGAUUCAAUGGAGCGGUCGUAUGGAAGUGCAUACAUGACCUCCAGUCUUGUACCCAAGGCCUUGCCCCUGUGCGCACUUCCGCCGUGCUGGAUGAGAACGGUAACAUCUGUAGUUCACCAGAGGAGCAGAGCCACCGGUGGGGAAGACACUUUGACGGUGUUCUCAACGUGGCAAGUGCAUGGAAUCGCAAUGCCCUGGACGACAUCCCACAGCGACAGGAGGCUGAUCAUCUUGCUGAGGCGCCGACUCUCCGUGAAGUCAGCCGCGCUAUCUCCCGCCUACAGAACGGCAAGUCCGCUGGAGCCUCUGGCAUCCUCCCUGAGAUGCUGAAGAGGGGUGGCCCUGACCUCACCGCCAAGCUUGUGGAGCUGUUUGGCGAUGUGUGGCGUGCUGGGGUGGUCCCGCAGGAGUGGGUGGACGCCACGUUGGUCCCCAUCCCAAAGAAAGGGGAUUUAUCUCGCUGUGAUAAUUGGCGGGGUAUCUCACUGCUGGAUGUUGUGGGCAAGGUUCUGGCGAGCGUCAUCCAGACUCGUCUCCAGUCCGUGGCUGCGGAUUUUCUCCCAGAGUCUCAGUGUGGCUUCAGGCGUGGCCGAUCUUGUACAGAUAUGGUUUUCAGUGUUCGGCAGUUCCUCGAGAAGACCAUUGAGCACGACUGCAAAGGCUUCUUUGUAUUUAUAGACCUCAAGAAAGCCUAUGAUUCCGUGCCUCGGGAUUGCCUGUGGGAAGUCUUAUCCCGAGCGGGUAUCCCCGCUCCCAUGCUUGCCGUGAUCCGUUCCUUUCACACUGACAUGUCGGCGGUGGUUCGGGUAGAGAACACGACAACUGACCCUAUCCGCGUCACGAAUGGUCUCCGUCAGGGGUGCACCAUGGCACCUGUGCUGUUUAACAUCUUCAUGUGGGCGGUGGUGACUGUGUGGCAGCGACGAGUCCGAGAUGUACCCGGUGUUGGUUUUGAGUUCCGGCAUUGUGAUGGUGACAAUAACCUUUACCGCAAGCCUACCAGGACGGAUCCGGUUGCCAUUGCGACUGAGUCACAGUUUGCAGACGACUCAGCACUUUUCGCGACGACUCGUGCAGGGGCGGAGACGGCACUUGCAGUGUUUGACACGACCGCAGCUGAGUUUGGGCUUAAAGUUAGCGCUACCAAGACACAGUUCUUGGUUGCAGGUAGGGAUGUUUCGCCUGGGGACUGCGCUCCAAUCGAGCUAGCUGGCACGGUCAUCGAAUGUGUUUCGGAGUUCCGGUAUCUGGGAUCUCUCAUUCAUCGCGGUGGCCGGUCGACACAGGACAUCACUGCUCGGAUUGCGCAUGCCUCUCGUGCUUGUGGCGCCUUGCAAGGAACCAUCUUCAGCAAUCCUGACCUUGAUUUGCAUAUCAAGAGAGAUUGCUGGAAUAAUCACACGACCAACGCCCAACUGUUGGAGAUGUGGGGUGACUCUGAUACCAUCUGCGUGAAGGUCGCACAGCGUCGCCUAGAGUGGCUGGGCCAUGUUGCCCGAAUGGACAGUAGCCGGAUGCCGAGACAGAUCCUGUUUGGCUCACUUCUCACACGUCGCCCAGCACAUGGCCCUCGCAAGCGCUGGAAGGAUUGUGUUGUCUCCGACCUAAGAGUUCGUGGCCUCACCAAGGAAUGGUACCCUAUCGCCUGUGAGUCCCGCGCUGACUGGCGGACUAUGUACGCCGAGCCUGUGGAGAAUGUGCCUCAGCCUGACCCAGUGUCUGUCUCUCAGUCAAGAUUUCUCAACCCGCUACCGUCGAAGAUUGACACUUUCAAGGGAGAACUUGUAGUGCUGACCUGCAUUGCCGAUAUCACAUCUAUACAGGAUGCCUACAUGGUAUGGACAUCAUCAAGUCAAUACUUUCAAGAUGGUAUCUCAAAUGGGUUCCACCAACAGUUUACGCAGAAUUCCACGUGA